AUGCCUACUGGGCUUCUUCUUUCUCAAUGUCGCUAUAUGAGUGACAUAUUAAAGCGGGCAGACAUGGUUGAUUGCAAAGCCUUAGCCACGUCGGUCUUUGUGGCACGGGCUGUUGAUGAAUUAGUUGAGCCUUAUGCAGAUCCCACGCACUACAGAAGCUUGGUUGGGGCUAUGCAGUAUCUCACGGUAACUCAUCUUAAUGUUUUUUAUGCAGUUAACAAGCCAUGUCAGCACAUGCACUCACCCACUAUGGCUCAUUGGAUGAUGUUCAAACGAGUUCUUCGGUAUAUUAGAGGUACGUUACACUAUGGGUUACUUUUACACAAGUCUUCCUCUGAUGUGUUGCACGCCUUCACUGAUUUUUAUUGGGCUGGUUCUCAUGAGAACCGAAAAUCAACAAGUGGCUAUGCUGUUUUUGGUGUCGAAAGCAAAAGACUGUUGCUAUUUCUAGGUGUAUGA